GCACACCACGGGCCGGUUAAGAGUCUACAUGUCAGUGGAGGAGCCAGUCUAUUGAAUUAGGCUAUUUAAAAGAAAAACGUAAGGACUCCCGAGUUUUGAACUGAGAAAGCUCACCUGUUCAUCUCACUCCUGACUAAGUUUUGCCUUUAUUAGUCGUGUAGCCGCUUGUUCCGAUCCUCAGCAGCAUUGUCUCGUGACUGUGCGGAGAGCGUGAUGGAGAGCCGGCGGCCGCAGAGGCGCGUGCGCGUGCGCGUGAUGCGUGUCCUCCAGUGGGCUGUGAUGCUGGGCUUGAUUCAGUCCGGCGCGCUCGGCGCGAGGAAGCUCCGCGGAGGUCGAACCCCGCAGCAGCGGCGAGCGCUUCCCUCCGUCAACAACCGGGACCGCGCCGAAACCACCGAGAGCUUCUCACUGGACUUCACAGCUGUGGAAGAAAACAUGGACAACUUCAUGACUCAGGUGAAGAACCUGGCGCAGUCCCUCUACCCCUGCUCGGCCCAGAAGCUCGACUACGACAUGAAGCUACAUUUCCUGGAGAAUACAUCAGUCACCUGCAACGACGGGACCCCCGCAGGGUACUACCUGAAAGAGUCCAAAGGAAGCAGGAGGUGGUUAAUAUUUCUGGAGGGUGGCUGGUACUGCUUCAACAAGGAGAACUGUGACAGUAGAUACGAGACCAUGAGGAGGCUCAUGAGCUCCUCCAAAUGGCCACAAACCAAGACAGGCACUGGAAUACUUUCUUCACUUCCAGAGGAAAACCCACACUGGUGGAAUGCCAACAUGGUGUUCAUCCCAUAUUGCUCAAGUGAUGUAUGGAGUGGAGCCACACCAAAAACCGAUAAAAAUGACUACGCGUUCAUGGGUUCACUGAUCAUAAAGGAAGUUGUAAAGGACCUGCUCACCAAGGGUCUGGACAAUGCUAAGAUCCUGCUGUUGGCUGGAAGCAGUGCGGGUGGCACCGGGGUGUUGCUGAAUGUGGACCCAGUAUCUGAGCUCCUGGAGGAGUUGGGUCACACAAACAUCCAGGUCAGGGGUCUGUCUGACUCUGGCUGGUUCUUGGACAACAAACAAUACCGCUGCACUGACUGUGUGGACACCGUCAACUGUGCCCCCACUGAGGUCAUCAAGAGAGGAAUCAAAUUAUGGGGCGGUGUGGUACCUGAACGAUGCCGACAGGCUUAUGAAGGAAAAGAAUGGAACUGCUUCUUUGGAUAUAAAGUUUAUCCUACCAUUAAACGCCCUGUGUUUAUAGUGCAGUGGCUGUUUGAUGAAGCCCAGCUAACGGUAGACAACAUUCAUCUGACGGGACAGCCGGUUCAAGAAGGACAGUGGCGUUAUAUUCAGAAUCUAGGGACUGAGCUGAGGAACACUCUGAAGGAUGUCCCUGCCAUGUUUGCUCCUGCUUGCCUUUCACAUGAAUUCAUAACAAGAAAUUACUGGACUGAUGUUCAAGUCAAAGGCACGUCUUUACCCAGAGCGCUCCACUGCUGGGACCGCAGUCUACAAGAAAACAGCCGAAAUAAUAAAUCCCCUCCCAAAGGCUGUCCCAUGCACUUGAUCGACAGCUGUCCAUGGCCUCACUGCAACCCGACGUGCCCAACGAUCCGAGACCAGUCGACAGGACAGGAGAUGAACGUGAUCCAGUUCCUCAUGCACAUGGGCUUUGAUGUACAGAAGAUGGCCCAUCAGCAGGGCAUGGAUCCAAGUAAGCUCCUGGGCAUGCUCAGCAGUGGCAGCUAAAUACCGUGGAAGGACUCGCUCCCGGUUGGGACCGUGAUUCUUAUCAGUCCGUUUGAUACCUCCAACCCCAAACCCCCUUCACCCGCCUCAGCUUUGACCUCAGGCUGAGCCCUGCCUUUAGUCGGGGCUCUGUGUCAACUCUCUACAGGCUUCCAUCUCCAGAUCUCCUCAUUAAUGAUCAGUUGGUUUCCAUUUUGCUCCAGUCUACACUAUUAUCACUGAGUAGCUUGGUGAUGGAAGAGACGCCCAAAACAGAGAUUUGGAACCGAGCCUUUGCCAGAUCCACCUCAGAUAAACCAUGGGCUGCUGACUGUUUACAGGUUCCCAACACAAAACAGUACCAGUGAAAGUACUGAAGAACCAUGUAACCAGGACAAGGUACACCUGCAUCUUUGCUCUUAAUUUAUCUUUUGGUUAUAAAAGUAUCACGAAUGUAAUCCAGUUUUACGGAUCUUCAGCAUUGUUGUUUGCUUUGUAUUUGUUAUUAUUUUUUCACUACUAUAGUCUGCCACGGUUUAUUAGAGUUUUUUAUGUCCAUAUACAGAGAACAAGAGAACAGAGAUUAUCAUUUAUAGAGUCUAUAAUCUGUAAUGCAGAUUACAGAGUUUAUGAAGUACAUGUCAAAUAAAUGGAUCUACUCAAGACUAUAAAGAAUCUUAAAAACAGGAACUUCAGAACAGGCAGACACUGGAUAGCCUGCUAUAAACCAACAUCAUUCUUGGGGUAUGGUCAAGUUAUGAUUAAAUAUGUCAUAAUGAUAAGUUUUUUAAGGUAUAGUCAGCCCUAUUAUAAAUUCUGUCACCAUUUACUAACUCCAAUUCCAGUUGAAACAUGACUUAUUUAUUUCUUCAAUU